AUGGUGCCGUUCUUAAUGCCUCUAAGUUUUCUAAUGCUGAUACUGGUUGUUUUUGUCUUGCUGUACUUCACCUUACCUAAACGGAGAAAAAUCGAUCUAAAUAUGAAACAUGUUGUUGUUACAGGAGGAUCGAAGGGUAUCGGUAGAGAACUAGCAUUUUGUUUUAUCGAAAAAGGUUGCAAUGUAUCAAUAAUCGCUAGGAAUGAAGCAGAUCUGAAGAAGGCUCAUCGUGAUUUACAGUGUGCUGCUGACAGUCGAGGCCAGCAGCAAAAGGUCCUGUGGUACUCACUCGACCUGAGUAGGAACUUCGAUGAGAUCAAAGAUGUCUUUGACCGCAUCGAACAUGAACUUGGUCCUAUUCAUGUGCUGAUCAAUAACGCUGGUACUAUUGUACAAGGAGCUUUCGAUGAUCUGCCGCUAUCCGCAUUUGAGGAUCAAAUAUCCCUAAACUAUUAUACCGCUGUAUACCCAACGCGGUGUGUUAUUUCUGGAAUGAAGGAUAGGGGUUUUGGACACAUCUCUUUCGUUUCUUCUGCUGCUGGACAGUUUGCAAUCUGGGGUUAUUCAUCAUAUUCGGCGAGCAAGUUCGCCCUCAGAGGUCUUGCUGACGCUCUUCAAAUGGAGUUGUUGCCGUAUAAUAUCAGCGUCUCGAUAUUAUGUCCACCUAAUACAGAUACAGACGUCUUCAAGAGUUUUCAUACAACGACAAUGCCAGUGAUUAUGCGUAAGAUGACAGCUGUUGCUGGGAUAGUUUCUCCUGAGGAAGUCGCCAGGGCGCAUGUGACGGAUAUCGAAAACGGAAAUUACUUGACAACAAAUGGUCUCAUGGGAUGGUUUCUAGGUGUUGGGACGGCUGGAUCUUCCCCUGAAAAAAGUACGCUGCAGGCAUUUGCUCAGAUAGCACUUGCUGGGCCCGUCCGAGGAGCUUUACUCGUUAUUAUUGGAUAUUUCAAUGCACUUUCUAAAAGUUACGCGUUGAGCGGGAAGAACCAACGAGAAAGGUCGAAGACGAAAGUAUGCUGA